CUUUUAACAACAGGUGACUCCCUUGUCAUUACCACAGGUGCAGUGAUUGUCCAAGAACACACGCUACGUUAUCACUAAUAGUAACAUUGCAGCAAUUCACCAGUUAACGCGUUAAGUUCCAAUGUUAAUUCUAAAUUAUUUAUUACAUAAGUUCUAGUGAAAUCAUUAGUAAACAUGGAGACUAAACAAAACACAUUAGAUGGUUUUGUCAAGAGCCAGAAACGACCUACUAACGAUGACAAUAUGUAUAAAAUAUCGAAAAUCAAUAGUACUAACAGAACUGGAAUCGUCAAAUCAAGUAGAAAAUUGUCAUUUGAUAGUUCUUCAUCGCAAACUAUAAAAAAACAAAAAGUGGAAUCUGAUAAUACACAAACCAUUUUUCAUGGGAAUCUUAAUGUAACUCACUCUAAAAAUACAAUCAUUGAUAAUACUUUGGAUACAAAUGAAACUGAACAUAAGAAUGAGGUUGAACCAGAAAGAGAGAAAACUCCUGAUCAAUCACCAUCAAUUAAGGCUAAAUUACGUAAAGAAUUGGAUUUGGGUGAAUUUCGCAAAAGUGUUCACUGUAAACGCAACUUUAAGAAGUUACAAGAAAAGAUAAGUUCAGUGGAACAAUAUCAAAAUGAUCUUAAAUGUAUUGAAUCUAAAGUAGAAUUUGCCAAAAGUUAUUAUUUAUCUUCAUUUAAAUCCAUUGAUUUCAUGAUUCAUACUAAUCCUAUAGAACCGGAAUCAAUUCCUGUACAAAAACCUAAAUUAAAACCAACAGUUCUUUUCCCAAGCUCAUCAAAAUCCAUGAUUAGUCCAAGAAAAUUGAUGAUGGAGACAGAGGCAACACUUCCUAAAGUAUACGUUUCAGCUGGAAAAUUAUUGGAUGAAAUUGAAUCUCUAAAGGCUAUGUCACCAUCAAAACGAUAUUCGGCAUUAGCAAAUUCUAACACAUUACCUUUACCAUUGAAAUACCGUAAUUUAGAUGAAUUAUUCAAAGCUAUGGACACUGUAUUAACCGUAAUAUUUAAGAGAAAAGAAAGAAUUACAUUUAAUAAGCUUAAACGGGGUGUACAGAAACUAAUAAGAAAACAUUUUACUGAAUUGCAUUUGGCACAAAUUAAAACAAUAGUACCAGAAUUCUUUGAAUUUUCACUGAUGAAAUCAAGUGAUAAACCUAGUUUUGAAUUAGAGAUAUCUCCAGUUUAUGGAUUGGAAAAUGAAGAUAAUGUUGAUUUGACUGAAUUAACAAAUUGGAGAAAAAAGAAAUUUUACAAUUCAUUACUUGGCAUUAUGAAAAAAUAUCAUCAAGAAUAUUUGAAUAAAUUAACUCCGCCUAUUUUGAUUGAUGAAGAUAAAAUAAUUAGAUGGCAUCCUCAAUUUGAUGUUGAAUCUGUACCUGAUAUUAUCCCUUCAUCAUUACCCAAAAUUGAAAUUGACAAACCAAAAAUAGAAUCUGUUAAAGAUAUAUCAGAUCGAUCUCAUGCAUUAUUUGUCUAUAAUAAUAUUUUGAACCGAAAUUUUACUAUGAAUCGUGAAGAAAACAAAAAUGUAAAUGUAAAAAAUAUUCCAACUGAAGAUGCAAAAAGUGCUUUAAAAGAAGCAUUUAAAGAUAUUCAUAAUUCAUUUUUAUCAAAUAUUGAAGCUAAACAAGAAGAAAAUACUAAAGAGUUAAUGACAAGAUCAUUAGGUCAAUUAAAUGAAGAUAGAAUAAUAAACAGAUUACCAGAUAUUGCUCGAAGGAUGCGUACUUAUUUUUUACAACUUAAAAGAAAUGUUAUGCCAUUAGAAAAAGUCAUUGAUCAGUUGAAGCAGAGUUAUCCUGAAGCUAUGACAAACCAAGAUUGGAAAGCUCACUUCAAUCUUCUUCAAGAAAAAGUCCCUCAUUGGAUUAAAAUCAAUGAGUUAGAUGGAGUUGAACAUAUUCAAAUUGAAAAAAAAGUUAGAUUUGAAGAAAGUGUUGUCAUUAAAUUAAAAAAUUAAUUGUUGUUUUUACUA